AUGGUUAUAGCUCGUCUUGCUUCCACAUCUUCAAAAUUAACUGAAACAACGAGACAUUCUUCCACGGAUAUUGCACCAGGGCCGUUUGGGGAAAAUCGCAAGAACGCGAAAGAAGAAUUAGUUAGUUUUGACGACUACCGGAGUGCAUUUAAGCAAAAAACUGUUGGAGAGCUCGCCCGGGCGUUAUUCGUUUUACGGCUGUGCUCUUUUAACAUUGUAGUCGACAACAGUCUGAAGUUGAUGGAGGCCUCGGAACGCCUAUUGGGCGAGUCUCUGUUCCACUGGCUGAUGAGACGAACAAUGUACGGACAAUUUGUAGCAGGCGAUGACAUACACAGCAUUCAGGCCACCACACAAAAUCUCAGACAAUGCGGGAUUGGACCGAUGCUUGCAAUACCGAUGGAAGAAGACGUACACGAGGGUUGCCGAGAUCUGGUACAUGAUGGUAAUUUACAAUCAAUCCUUGAUUGCAUCUCACUCUCAAAACAACUCGAUCCGUCCCACCCCAUGAUGCAGAUCAAGGUGACAGCCCUGAUGUCUGGGGAUCUAUGCUGCGCCGUAAAGGGUUUGGACCAAGAAGAAAACGAUUCUCUUCAGAGAGCAGUGGAUCGUUUUAACAGAAUUGGUCACUUGGCCCAUCAGAAAGGCGUGACAGUGUGGGUGGACGCUGAAUACACGUACCUUAACCCUGCCUUAAACCUGGUGUCACUAGCAAUGAUGCUCAACUUUAAUAAAGGAAGACCUAUCGUUGGAUAUACGUACCAAAACUAUCUCAAGAAAACCUUUGAUUUACUCAAAGCGGAUGUACAGUUCAUAGAGACGAAGGACAUUUGUUUCGCCGCAAAACUUGUGAGAGGCGCUUAUAUGGACAAAGAACGCCAUCUAGCGGCAACGGAAGGGUAUGAAGAUCCGGUACACCCAACGUUGGCGGAUACCACAGAUAUGUAUCACAGAUCUAUGGACUUAAUGCUGCGGAAAAUCGCCAAGAAUCCUCACAGCUACUCUGUUAUUCUGGCGUCACAUAAUGAAGGAACCAUUCAUCAGCAUCAAAGAGUACGACAUCGACCCAAGAGGGGGCAUGUUUUCUUUGGUCAACUUUUGGGCAUGUGCGAUCAAGUUUCGUAUUCUCUCGGGAGAAAGAACUAUCUGGUGUACAAAUCUAUACCUUACGGAUCUAUCAGAAACACUUUACCUUAUCUGUGUCGACGCGCCCAAGAAAACAGAUCUGUGCUAAAAGGCGUCCGUCGCGAGAGGGCGCUUUUGCGCAAGGCAUUCCGGGAAAGGGUUACGGGAUAUUCCAAGAUAGUUAAUUGAUAUUGCACAGAUUCUGCUUACAUUAAAAUAUGGUGGUAAUAACGCCGUCUACCUGAUCACGUUGCGUGGCAAAUAUUUAAUAUUUUAUUUGCCUGAAGUCAAGGAUACCCUCCAGUACCCUGAAUU